CUGGUCCUGUGGGGUGGGGGUGUGCGGUGACUGGUGACCAUCCUCUAGAGGAAUGCUAAUGCAGCUGCAUCCUUUUUAAUAUGCAGACUUCUUCUUCCUGGCUUCCUCUGCCAUUUUCUGGUUAGCAAGUCUCCUGCGGAUGAGGAGGACGAUAAGGUGACCAAAUUCAGCCAGAGUUGUGAUUAGCCAGGGAGCUGAGCAGUGCAGAUGCCGACCAUCAUCGUCAAGGUAGACCAGGGAUGCCGCCGCUGCCACGCCAAGAUCAAGAAAGUGCUCGACAGGAUCAGAGACAAGGGUGAGUUCGUGAUCGAUGACGUCGAGUACGACGAGAAGAACGGCCGGGUGAUAGUGUCGGGCCCCUUCGACGGCGACAAGCUCGCCGACAAGCUCUGCUGCAAGGCCUGCAACAUCAUCAAGGAGAUCGAGAUCGUGGAGCCGUCCAAGAAAGAGGAGCUCCAGCCUCCGGGGCCGGAGGACAAGGUGAAGGAACCGCCGCCGCCGGCAGUAAAAGCGAAGAAGCGACAGCCGUCACCGCCGCCGCCUCCACCGCCUCCGCCACCUCCGCCGACCAAGGUCGUAGAGGUGCCAUACCCGUGUCCGUACCCGGUCCCGGCGUGGCCGUCGGGCUGCUGCUGCCACCACGGACAUGGCGGCUGUCACUGCUGCUCCUGCGCCAGGCAGGACCCUCCGCCGGCGCCAGCGCCACAGUACAUCAUGAUGCCAUCGUAUCCGUGCGGCGGCUACAUGAUGAUCUGCGAUGAGGACCCGUCCGGCCCAUGCACCAUCAUGUGAGUAUUAUGUGAAAAUUGUAAGAACCAUAAUAUUUUGGUCCAUGCACCAUCAUGUGAGUAUGCUGUGAAAAUUAUAGAACCUUGAUAUUUGUAUUACCAUAACCCUUAAGGGAUAUGUAAAGAGGUAAAGGGAGGAGAGAUUUGGAGUA